AUGGACGGCGACGACGUCCUUACACACAUUAACACCAUGGCGAAGGAGUACAAUUGUCUUAACUCUCUUGUGACAACCGAUAAACCCCUCACUGUCGCUGAUGUUCAUUCAGCCGCUUUGCUCAGCUCCAUCCCAGAUGAUUGGAUGGGCUGCGUCUCCCACCUAAUGAACCAAGAAGGUGUCAGCACUGAGUCGAUUGUCCUGGCCCUUAAAAACGAGCAUACCCGCCGUCACUCCCAAAAUGAAGUCUCAGUAUCCAUCUCCUCGACUAAGACUAAGCCCAACAACGGUAAGCGACCCGGUGAUCGCAACAAGAAGCGCCACUGCGACUUUUGUAAUGCCGAUGGCCACGAUCUAAAUAACUGCAACAAUACUCGCCAAAUCCUUGACGAGCAUAAAGCCAACCAGAAAAGUCAGACCAACUCUAAAGAUCAGGAUAGACAACAAACUCAAUCAGGCAAACCAGCAGCUCGAGCAGGCCGCACCUCUGCCGUCACCCUAGGCGGACAUUCCCAUACCUACGAUGACGAUGUUGAAUCAGACUACUCCGGCUCUGAGGUCAAAUUCACUGCUGGAAACGCAGUUGCGUCCCUGUCUGUCUCCAACUUCUACUCCGGCACUGUCCUUCACUGGGUGAAGGGGAAAGGUGCGGAGACGGGCUAA